CCGUGCCGUGCUAGUAUCGAGAAGCAGAGAGAGCGCUGCACAGCAUCCUUCACCAUGAAGCACCAUCAUUCCCGUGUCCUCGCACUUGCACUGCUCCUCCUCUCCUGGGGCUGUUUCUCACAAGGUGCUCCUGUAUCACCACAGAGAUUUGGAGAAGGACAAGAGUUACGUCAGUGGAGUGAGAUAAAUGAUCUGUGCUCAUCCUUCCUUUCUGACAAUCCUCAGCCACAGCCACUCACUCCACUUGAAGAACUGUGUUAUAUGGCCCGGACAAUUCUGCAACAGGAUUCAGAAGAUAAAGGUCAAAGAAAAAGGUUCUUAUUUCAUUAUUCUAAGACCCAUGACUCUGGCAAUUCUGAUUUUAUGUCCUCUGUCCUGCAUCCUCUGCUGCAGCUUGUCCCUGAGCUUCAUCUGAGAAGAAUGAAGAAAGGCAGAGGUGAUGGUCAAUAUCAAGGACCGGGUUUAAUAUCAAGCAGAGGCUAUUUUCUGUUUCGGCCACGAAAUGGAAGGAGCUCACCUACUUUUCACUAACAGGAACGUGAACAUCUAUAGGAAUGGUUGACACUGCUGAAAAUGAUUUAUGUUAUUGAUUUUUUUAAACACUUAUAAUAUGCAUGACAACUUUAAAUACAUGCUUACUGAUUGGUAUUUUCAUAAUGAACUCACCACUAAAAUCAAAGGUUAACGUGAAAUGUAUCAGAAGUAAUGUUUAUUAAUGGUUAGUGUGUAAAUAUCACUGAGGCUGAUGUAAUACAAUGCAUGUUACUAGAUUGUCUUUCCACAUUCCCUGUUUGUGAUGGUAUCAGCAAAUAUACAAAUUAAAAUAAAAUUCUU